AUGGCAUCAACACUCCUCAGCCUCUCUUUGCUGGUCCUUUUAAUUGCUGCAGGCACCGUCGAGUCCUCAGUUACCAAACGAUCCAAAUCCAACCCAACAGACUUCAUCAAGUCCUCAUGCAAGGCCACUCGGUACCCCGUCGCGUGCGUUCAAAGCCUCUCGGGAUACGCAAACGCGAUUCGCCAAAGCGACCAGCAACUAACAAUCACGGCCCUGUCAGUGAGCGUAUCAAGGGCCCAGUCAUGCGCAUCAUUCGUGAAGAAGAUGGGCUUAGUGAAGGGGAUGAAGCCCAUGGAGUACAGUACUGUGAGAGAUUGCAUAGAUAAUAUGAAUGACAGUGUUGACCGUUUGAACCAAUCGGUUAAGGAGUUUGGGCUUGUGGGUAAGGGUAAGGGCAAGGGGAAGGAUUUGGCGUGGCACAUGAGCAACGUACAGACUUGGGUCAGUGCUGCUAUCACUGAUCAGGCCACGUGUCUUGAUGGGUUUGAUGGGCCCCACGUUGAUAGAAAGUUGAACGCUGCGAUUAGGCCCAAGGUUGUGGACGUUUCUCAAGUCACUAGUAAUGCCCUUGCUUUCGUGAAUCGAUUUGCAUCGAGGCACCGUGCUGCUGCUGCACUCACUAAUUAA